AUGUCGGGAUUCGGAACGGGCUCCUCCUUUGGAGGCUUUGGCUCCAAUAACAAUCAGCAACAGAAUACUGGAUUCGGAUCAACUGGGUUCGGAAACACUUCUGGAAACACUGGUUUUGGAUCGACCCCUCUCUUUGGAAAUACCUCAAAUACCGGUAAUACAUUCGGAAGCUCUUCCGGUGGAUUCGGGACUGGAGGAGGAUUUGGGUCCAAUACCAAUACAUCGAACUCAUUGUUCGGGGGUCAAAAUCGACCAUUCGGCUCCACUAACACCACUACUGGCGGCGGAUUCGGCUCAAACACCCAAACCUCUGCGUUCGGCUCAUCCGGUUUUGGAACCGGUACUAGUGGUUUUGGCUCAACCUCCAACACUGGAACAGGUGGUGGAAUUUUCGGUAGCAAGCCAUCUGGCGGAUUUGGAUCAACGGGUAAUCAAACCGGAAGCAUAUUCGGAGGCACUUCUACUUCCAGCCCAGCUACCAACACGGGGACGGGCUUUGGAGGUGCUACCACUGCCUCAGGAUUCGGUGGCAGCGGAACUGCUCUGGCUGGUGAAGUGCCUCCCUCUCAAGGUACUGCCAACCCAACAUUCAGCCCAUUUACCGAAAAGGACCCUGGUUCCUCAAACACCAGCAAUUAUCAGAGCAUAAGCUUUAUGACGCCGUAUCAAAAAUACUCAUUCGAGGAAUUACGAGUCGCCGAUUAUGAGCAAGGAAGACGAUAUGGGAACGCUAGCGGCCAGCCAGGCGCGUUUGGCUCCUUCUCUGGAUUUGGACAAGGGUCUAGCGGUUUCGGUACUACAGCCGCCAGUUCAUCUCCAUUUGGUGGAACAACCACAGCUACUUCUGGUUUUGGGACCCAAAAUCAGACACAGAGCACUGGUUUCGGCUCAAAUACUUCCUCUAACCCAUUGUUCGGAGCAACAAAACCAGCCACCGGUAUCUUCGGUCAAGCCAAUUCCACACCUACCACAGGCUUUGGAACCUCCGGAACUACUGGAGGGUUUGGAACAUCGACUACCAAUGCCUUCGGAGGAGGUAACACUGGCGGCGGCUUGUUCGGCAAUACCCAACAAAAGACCACCGGCUUUGGUACUACCGCUACCCCAACUCUAGGAACGGGCUUCGGUACACAGACGAAUACAACUAACGCUUCGCCGUUCGGCGGUAAUACAACCUCAACCACUUUUGGCCAGCAGGGAAGCAACACAUUUGGCACAUUCGGCCAGAACCAAAACCAAAGCAAGCCAGCAUUCGGAGGCUUUGGUCAAACCCAACCGCAACAGCAGCAAACCGGUGGAGGCCUUUUUGGAAACACCACCGCUACUUCCGGGACUGGUAACUCCUUGUUCGGCAACAAUAACCAGCAACAAGGAUCAUCGAUCUUUGGCCAGCAGAACCAGCAAACCAGUACCGGUGGCGGCCUUUUCGGCAAUACCCAGCAAAAUCAGCAGCAGCAGCAAAAGCCUGGAGGUCUGUUUGGUGGCGGUCUCGGUACUAACACUACUACGACAGGCACCACCGGAUUUGGACUGGGUACUUCUCAACCUGCGCAGCAGACCAAUUCGCUGUUUGGAAACACGCAACAGAAGACGGGUAGUUUGUUUGGCACGACGCCUGCCCAAGGUUCUUCAUUGUUCGGAGGAAACAAUGCUGCCCCUACAUCCUCAAGCAUUUUUGGCCUUGGCAGCACGGCUCAAAACACCCAGCAACAGCAACAGCAGACUGGCGGAUUGGGGACUGGUGGAAGCAGCCUAUUUGGCCAAUCCCAACAGCAGCCGCAACAGCAACAACCAUCGCCCUCUGGGUUCCAGGCAUCUCUCCUUGAUGGCAACCCAUAUGGCAGCCAGUCUAUCUUCUCUGGCCUCCCUGCGCCCAACGCCCCAUCCCCAGGCCCACUAGCCACCCCCCUAUCUGCCAGCAUCAAACAAAAGCAGCGCACGCCACUGCCCAUGUAUAAAAUAUCUCCACUUGCAGCAAACCGCCUGGUUACUCCUCCCACUCGUCAAGGCUAUGGAUUUAGCUACUCUACUUCCAGUGCUGCAAGCACAUCUGGGAAUAGCAGUAUCUUUGGAGGAAGUCUGAGAAGCGGUGGCAGCCUUGGAAGGAGUUUUGGCAAAAGUUUGACAGGCAGUAGCAGCCUCCGAAAGACUUGGGACCCGGAGACUGACAGCGUCCUUUCCCCGGGAGCUUUCUCUGCUGGCAAUUCCAGACAAAGCGGAAGCCUGAAGCGCUUGACCAUUGACCGCAAUCUGCGUACUGAUUUGUUUUCCCGUUCGGCCUUGACCAAUGGCGAUGAGAGUGCACCGCCAUCCAGCAAACUCAAGAAGAAAGUCAGCUUUGAUGAUGCUGUUGCCCCAGGCGACUCUGCUGACAAGACCAACGGGGCCAUUAUCCGUGUUGAAUCUGAUACUUCUGAGCCUACUCCCGAAGAACUUGGAUUCUUGAGAUCUGCUCGUAAACAGUCUUCUGCCAAUUCGACUCCAACGGCAGCACCCAAGAGCACUGAGCUCCCUAACGGAGGUUCGAGCGCAUCGUCCUCUCCACAAAUGGAACAGGUUAGAGGCAAAGAGCUAGCCACCGUCCCAGAGAAUGUCGAGCAAGUUGCCCUCACCACUCCAACCAAUAAGCCACUCGUUAUCGUUCCAACCGUCGACCCUAAGCCUGGUGAAUACUGGAUGAAGCCAUCUCGGGCAGAGCUCAGCAAAAUGUCUCGUGAACAACUGAAACAGGUCCCUAACUUCACAGUUGGCCGUGUCCGUUGUGGAUCUGUUACCUUUGACAGACCAGUCGACUUGACCACUGUCAAUCUUGAUGACAUCUUUGACAAAAUUGCCAAGAUCACCAUCCGCUCUAUUACCGUUUACCCGGACGAGGCCACUAAGCCUGCUCGCGGCAAGGGCUUGAACAUGCCAUCUACUCUUCGCAUUGAGAACUCCUGGCCUCGUGGUAGAGACAAGAGAAGCCCAUCGCCAUUCACAUCCGGACCAACAUUCGAGAAGCACAUCAAACGCCUCAAGGAGGUUACGAACACAGAAUUCAUUGACUACGAGAAGGAGACCGGUACCUGGAUCUUCACUGUCCCUCACUUUACGACAUAUGGGCUUGACUAUGAUGAUGACGAGGAUGAAGGUGAGAGCUUUGAUCGAAGCACUUUAAGCACUGCUCCUGACUCUGUCGCUUCAAAUGAUCAGACCCCUACACAGUCGUCCGGAAUGCGCAAUUUUGAUACCUCAAUGAGUAUCGAGGGCUCUCUUUUUGGCGAUUCUGUUAGCGGUGUGGAAGACGAUACUUUUGAAUUUAAGAAAAAGAAACCCGUUCCAGGGACAUUCGCUCGCCAGGCGCCAAAUGGAAUGCAAGCAGUACAGGAAGACAUGGAAUACGAAGACGAAACCGACCAGGAUUCUUUUUUAGAGGACGGCUCCGCGGGUUCAGUUACUAAUGAAAGUGAAGGACAGCUGGAAAGCAUGUCACCUUCAGCAUCAGAACUUGAAUCGGACAGGGACGAGGAUAUGGAAAUGGCUGGUUCCUUCCCAAUCCCUGACCAAACCGUGGAGCUCACCUUGACUAGCCCCUUGAAGAAGAAUAACUUGUUUCAAUCCAUGCCUCGAUUUGGCACUCCCACUAAGUCCGCAGAUCUCAACCUUAACGGUAACUGGGCUGAACAACUUCAACGAACUAUCAGUCCACGAAAGCAAGACAGACAGGCACUUCGAGAAGCUCAAGAUAGAGCUUUUUUGGAUAGAGACGAGGAUGAUAGUCCAACUGCAGCAUCGAAACGAACCGAGGAACGUCCAACGCAGUUCACUACCAGUAUCGACCUUAUGAACUCUUUAUUCCGACAACCCAAACGGCAAGGAGCGUCUCCUGCUCCUGCUCAAUCAUUGAAAGCCAAGAGUGGAUUAGAGUGGCCUUAUCCAAAGAAACCCAAGACUUUUGCGGGAAAGCCAGGUGAAAUGGCAGAAAUUGAGGCUUCAUUCCAUAAUUCUACCAAGGCACGAUGGGGUGUACUUGAUGAGGUUCUGCUUCCAAACAAUAAACCCGAAGUUCCUCUUUAUGGAGAGAAGAAAUUGGUGAACGCCAGCAAAUUUGAUCAUGAGACUGCAGAGAAAACACAAUCAAUUGUUCGCCUAAUCGACAAUGUGCCUUUCGCCUCUUUGGCCCUUCCUAAUUUUGGAGCCUUAGCCCAAGCUGUUACUGACACUACCAAAGAGGCAGACAGUGAGAGAUGGCUGUGGCAAUUGGCUAACAUUUUGUUCAAUGAUGAUUUGGAGGAUGACAUUUCCGAUGGUGUUCCUGCUGGACUCCUUGAUAAAUACCAACAUCGAAUCAAGAAAGACCGCCUUGGCCGGCUGUGGGAAACGAUCAUCCGUACUCAUCGCCCAAACGGAACUGAAGGCCUCAAAACACCCGAAGAACGUGCCUUUUCCUACCUGUGCUCCCACCGUAUUGAAGAAGCAUGCAAGGUACUUAUUGAUUCUGGAAACCCGCAUUUGUCAUCACUUGUUUCGCAGAUAGGUCGUGAUGAAGGUACUAGAAACGCUAUGCAAGACCAGAUUGAGUCGUGGCGCAAGGGUGGUAUCUCUUGUGAGAUUAGUGAACCCAUCCGGGCCAUUUACGAGCUGCUUGCAGGAAACUGCCUACGCAGUGAAGGAAAACCAAGCGGCCCCCCAGAAGAACGAAUCUCAACUUUCAAUCUUUCGGACCGUUUUGAACUCGAUUGGUUCCAGGCAUUUGGCCUCCGGCUGUGGUAUGGAAUUUCAGACGAUGAUCCAAUUGAGGACGCUGUAACCUUAUUUCAUCAUGAUUUAUAUCACGAAGGUGAACCUCAGCAUCCACUGAAUGUGAUCACUAAUGCCUCAGAUGGAAAGACAACUGACGACGCUCUUGGCCGCGAGUCUCCCUUCUGGGUUUUGCUGAAAACAUAUACCCUUGCCGUCAACAAUGGCACUCACCCAGAAAUCGCUCCAGUUCAAAUGCCAGCCGCCAUAACCCCAAUCGCAGUCUCUGGCCACAUGCUGUUCAAUCGUCUGUCAUUCCAACUAUUCCAUCAGCUAUCUAAGGUGGUGGGGCAUUAUGAUGCUCUUGCUGUUGACCAGUCUCGAGCAGACCAACUUGCGUGGGAUCUCGCCUGGGAGCUUACUUCUGCCGAGCAAUAUGCGCCUGCUCUGUUUGUUCUCUUGCACCUCUCUCGCCCUGCAGACCGGGAGCGGAGUGUUAAGGAGAUUUUAAGCCGUUUUGCUUCCUUGAUUCCUUCUCCCACAGCUGAAAAUGGAACCCCAAGCUCUCUAUGGACAUAUCUUACUGUGGAGCUUCAGAUUCCACCAGCUUGGCUUUGGAUUUCCAAGGCGCUACAUGCCCGAGCUGUUGGUGAUAUUGCUAGCGAAGUGGAGUGUCUCAUUCAUGCCAAACACUGGAACGAGGCCCACGGAACCUUUUACCGCAUUGUUGCUCCCAAGGCAGUUAUCGAAAGAGACUAUGAUACGCUUGCUUCCCUACUUAAUGGAUUUGGUGAAAACCCAGAAAGGAGGGUUAGAGACUGGGCGGAUGGUGGUGCUGUCUACCAGGAUUUCCUCCAGCUGGUGAAUGCAAAGGGAGGAUGGAGAGACCCAACUCCGUUAAAGCGAUUGCUUAAGGCACUUGCCCAUCUUGGCGGGAAAGUCGAAAAGUCAGCUACUUCAAGCUUAUAUGAGCGAAUCGCUUUCAGGGAAAUGAGCCGUUUGGUUGCGGGAUGGGCCACAAGAGAUGUUGGAAACAAUAUCGAGUCUUCCACCAUCCUCAAUCUCCCAUUGACUAGGGAUGCUCGACGUACUCACACUGCGGAAGUCAGCCGACGUUACUAUAACGCAAUCAUGGCUGGCGGAAGCAACUAA